GUUUCGUGAGAUUGCUUUUACGUCUAAUCGGUGCAUAUUGUAUCGAUUUAUUUACAAAUCGGGGUGCAAUCUUCUCUUCCUAUUGUUGGAUUUUUGCGAGAUCGAAACUUGAAAGAUGUCACGGUUUUUCAAGGGAUCCGAUUCUGAAUCGGAAAGCUCUGAGAGCGAACCAGAGAAUAUUGUACAGCAACGUCCAACAGCUGUUAGCAAAGCCUUUCAGUUUAGCGAUGAUGAAGAGGAAACAAAGAGGAUCGUUAGAAGUGCCAAGGACAAAAGGUAUGAAGAGCUGAGAGAGACCAUCAAACUUCUUAAGAAUCACAAAAAGAUCAAAGACAUGUCUAAGGUGUUAACAGAUUUUGAACAGCUUGGGAAGGCUUAUGAGAAGGCACGUAAAGUUGUGGAGAAGGAAGGCGUCCCAAGGUUUUACAUCAGAUGUUUGGUAGAACUUGAUGACUUUGUCAGUGAGUGUUGGGAGGAUCGUGAAGGACGUAAAAAUAUGAGCAAGAGCAACGCUAAAGGGCUGACAACUCUGCGACAGAAACUGCGAAAGUAUGUCCGCGACUUUGAGACGGAAAUGACCGAAUAUAAAGAGAAUCCUGAUGAAGGCGAUGAAGAGGCUGAAGAUGAGGAAGGUGAUGAAGAUGUGUCUGAGUCUGAUGAUGAGGAGGAUGAUGAGGAGAAAGACUUCCUGAAGAAAGAUGACCAGUUAAGAAGUAAAUUUCUCAAGGAUGAUGACAUGUCAUCUGAUGAUGAUGAUGAUGGAAUGGCAUCAUGGACAAGUGGUGAUGAAGAUGACAGUUCAUCUUCAGAUGACGAGGCUUACGACCCAUCUAAUCUGGCAGCCAUGUUCUUGAAGAAAACUGAUGCUGGGAAAGGUGAUGACAAGAAGAAAGAGAAGCGUAAGAAGGAGUCAUCCCGUAAGAGACGUGACGAGGAUUCAGAAGACGAUGGUGAAGGAGCAUGGGAAAAGGUCAAAGGUGGAGUCCCUCAGGAAAAGCCCAAAAUGUUUGGCAAAGAUGUGGAAAUUAACCAUGAAGCUGUUGACAAAAAACUCCACGAGAUUGUGUCUGCUCGAGGGAAGAAGGGGACGGAUCGCAUUGAUCAGAUCGACUUGCUGAAGGAGUUGAGAACGGUAGCUGAGGCCAACAAUCUCGGACCUGCCAUUAGCGUCAAGAUUGUCUUCAACACUCUGGCAGCCAUCUUUGAUUACAAUCCUAACAUUGCCACUUGUAUGAAACCAGAAAUGUGGGAAAGCUGUUUAGAUUACACAGAUCAGCUGAUGACAAUGCUGAGAGAGAAUCCAGACAUUGUGACUGGCACCAACAUCGUGGAUGAGAGCGAAAGUCUUGUGGAGAGUCCAUACCGUGUGCGAGGAUGUAUCCUCACUGUGAUUGAGAGGAUGGAUGAAGAGUUCAUAAAGAUGUUACAGGCCUGUGAUGCCCACAGCACAGAGUAUGUCGAGAGACUUAAGGAUGAACAGAAGGUGUGCACACUGAUUAAAACCCUACAGACAUACCUGGAGAAUCGAACCACUGUCACCACAGAGGAACUAUGUCGAGUUUACCUGCGAAGACUUGAGCACACCUACUACAAGUUUGAUCACGAGGCCUUCCAGCUGUCUCAAACUGGACAAAAACCCACUGGAGAAACCUCGCUGGACCUCGUGGACAAGUUGUGCAAGUACAUCUACGCUAAAGACGGGACGGAUCGGCUGAGAACGCGCGCGAUCUUGUGUCACAUCUACCAUCAUGCUCUGCAUGACCGCUGGUUCCAGGCCAGGGACCUCAUGCUCAUGUCACACCUUCAGGACAAUAUACAGCACUCCGACAUCCCGCUCCAGAUCUUGUACAACCGUACGAUGGUUCAGCUGGGAUUGUGUGCCUUCCGUCAGGGGACUAUUAGGGAUGCGCACAACUGCCUGGUAGACAUCCAGAGUGGUGGGCGGGCCAAGGAAUUGCUGGCUCAGGGGUUACUGCUACAAAGACAGCAGGACCGCACCCAGGAGCAGGAGAAGAUUGAGAAACGUCGUCAAAUGCCGUAUCACAUGCACAUCAACCUGGAGCUGUUAGAGUGUGUGUACCUGGUGUCUGCCAUGCUGAUGGAGAUCCCCUACAUGGCAGCGCAUGAGUUUGACGCCCGUCGGCGUAUGAUCAGUAAGAACUUCCACCAUGUGAUGCGCAUGAGUGAGCGCCAGACUCUUACCGGCCCCCCAGAGAACAUGAGGGAGCAUGUGGUCGCAGCGUCCAAGGCCAUGAAGACUGGCAACUGGAAACAGUGCAAAAAUUUCAUCAUCAAUGAGAAAAUGAAUGGAAAGGUCUGGGAUCUGUUUGUCAACCCUGAUACCGUACGUAACAUGAUCACAUCAAAGAUCCAGGAGGAAAGUUUGAGAACGUACCUGUUCACCUACAGCUCCGUCUACGACUCCCUCUCUCUCAACACCCUCGCUGACAUGUUCGAGCUUGACUGGGCUGUCGUUCACUCCAUCAUCAGCAAAAUGAUCAUCAACGAGGAACUUAUGGCCUCUCUGGACGAGCCGACUGAGACCGUGGUGUUACACCGCACAGAACCCAGUCGUCUGCAGUCCCUGGCCCUCCAGCUCUCGGACAAGGUUGGCUCACUGGUGGAUAACAAUGAGAAGAUCAUGGAGAUGAAGCAGGGCAAUUUCUACCCAUUCCAGAAAGGUGGUCAGUCAGACUACAGAAACAAAAACCAAGAUAAUGACUACAGGAACCAACGUAACCAGAGGAAUGACUACAGGCAUGACAGGCAUGACAGGCAUGACCGUGGACAAGGCAACUGGAAUCGGAGAAAUCAAAGGGACAGAAACAGAGACAGGAAUUACUAGUGAUAAGAGGCAUUUCUUAUGAAAUCUCAAACUGUUAAAAUAGAGAAUUUCCUAGGUUUUUGCUGUAAAGUUUGGCCUGAUGUGACGGCAUCAAAAGUACAUGUAUGCCAGGUUAAGGUAAACAAGUUUUUAUAUGUACAUGUAUGUUUCGAAAAAUGAUUCAUGCCUAAAAGUGAAAGAAAUUGUACUGAAUUAUUGUUGAGAAUAAAUAAAUUCACAAAUUUGGUUAACUCCAUAGUGGAAAAGUCUUUUCCUUAUGUUGAAGGAAGGUUGAAAUGAAAGUGAAAUAGUCAAAUAGGCCUUAAGUUGAAACGAAAUAGGCUUGAAAAUAGGCUUACUGUUAUGCUCUGCAUUCAAAAUGUCGCACCUGUGCAAAAUUGCAUCUCAAGAUUUGGGACAUAACUAACAAUUUUCAUUCACACACAAGAAUGAAGCUUAAUUAUACCCUCACGUAAAAAUCAUGGUGAAUUUAAUAUGCUUGAAAGAUAAAAUCUGUUUCAAUAUUUAUUAAUGUAUGGAGUCUUAGUUCUGUCAUCUUCUUGAAUAAAACCAAAAGUUUUCUCCAUUGU